UAAUGACCUGUCUCUUUAAGGACACACGUCCUGCUCCAAAUAAAGACAGCAGCUCCAUGUUGUCCGCCUGUGUCGUCGGUAGAAGAGGCUGAGAUUCCCCGGUCGAAAUGGCAGACGCUCUGGCUAAAAUCCCCGAGGUGGAGAUCGAUCCAGAGGGAACCUUCAAGUACAUACUGGUCAGAGUGAAAGUGAAAGAUGGCGAUUCGCAUAAAGACAUAGUGCGCGGCACUAAGAGUGCAGAGUACCACAAUCACAUAUUUGAGAAGGUCGCUCCAUCAAUGGAGGCCUUGGGAAUGGAGUGUAAAUGCUUAGGAGGAGGGAAAAUUGAGCACAACAGCCAAGAGAAAAAACUAAGGGUGUUUGGAGAAUCAACUGCCUUUGGCAAAGCAGACCAUUCUGUAACUGCGGAGAAGUUGAAGAUUGUCUUCAGCAACUAUGACAUCACCUGGUCCGAUGACAAAAAAUAGAGUAAACCUGCAUCAGAGUUGAAAUGUAUGCCUUAAUUUAUUUUCAAAUUAAUUAUUUUAAAAAGGAAGACAAAACAACAACAACCAGAAAUGUUUUGACCCUUCUGUGCAACCAUUUUUGAAUUGAAAUACACCAUUUUGCAUUGAA